GGCGCCAAUGUCCUAAUCCAGAAAAAUUGAUAGGACGGCCCUUUGUGCUAGGGUUUCUGGCGCCAACAAAUUUUUCAUCAUCGCAUCGUAACCCAGAAAGCACAAAAUCUCAUUCAUCAACUUCAUACUAUAACUCAUCCUUAUUACAGCAACAAAGCAUUUUGGUUUUUCAUAUUUUGGUCGUAGUGAGCAGUGAAGAGAAAAAAACUGAAGAAGAAUUCAUCAGACAAUUAUUUGAUCCUUCAUCUGGACUGUUAACUGAGGAUACGGCAAAGGUAUUAUGGAUCAUAUGUUGGGAAGAUUUGAUUCGAUUAAAGAAAGAAGUCUUAUGCCUCUCAAAGGAAUCUUGCAGAAACAGCAAUCGAGUUAAUUUAGAAAUUGGCUCAGUAGCCAGACAAAACAUUCAACAGAUGAUCAAUGCAUGUUAUCCUCAAUUAAAGGAAAAUGUUCUUAAGUGUUUUAGAAAAAACCAUUUUCCAAUUGAUGCUCUGAAGGAAGAGGAUGCCUCUAAGAUCUGGCAUUCAACAUACAUGCCGGCGUCACCUUCAUCUAGAAGAUAUCUGGGUCAAAUUUUUCCAAAGCAACUAUCAGAAACAGCGAACAAGCAACAUGAAUUACAUAUAAGCAUUAAAGUUAAAGAAGAUACAAAAGCAUCUGGAACUAGCAUGGCAAUACCUCUAGUGGUAGCAGUUGUAGCUGUGGUAUUUGUCAUUUUAUGUUGUUAUAGAUGUUGUGGGAGUGGACAAGUCAGCCAAAAUGAUGAGAGACCCCUUCUAAGCAUGAGCAUGAAUGACUACUCAGUUGGUUCUUCUUCGAACAGUAAUAUUCAAUUCAAAAGCUCAAUGAAAGAAGGAGAAAUUGGUAUUCAGUCGUCGAGUAUUCGAUCAGUUGAUGAGAAGAGAAACUCUGUGUCGUUGAAUGAAAGUGAAUCAGGAGAAGUUGGUAGUUGUUCUGUGAGAGCAUCAUUUGAACUAAAACCUCAUCCUGGGAGAGCAGUGUCAAAUAAUGGAUUGCUUCCUUUGAAACCUCCUCCUGGACGGCCUGAUCUUCUUCCUCCUCCUCCUGGAAGGUCUGAUCUUCUUCCUCUGAAACCUCCUCCUGGAAGACCAGAUCUUGCUCCUUCUCCACCUCCUCCACCUCCUCCACCUCCUCCACCUCCUCCAUCUCCUCCUUCUACUUCUAAUUCUGCACCACCUCCUCCUCCUCCUCCUCGUGCACCACCAAAGCCUACCGGUGCUGGUCCUCCACCUCCUCCACCUCCUGGCCACGGCCCUGGCCCUAGAGCACCACCCCCUCCUCCUGGAAAAGGCCCUAGAGCUCCACCACCACCUCCAUCUAGAGCCAAGCCUGGUCCUCCUGGUGCUGGUCCUAGACCUCCUCCACCGCCAGGUGGUGGUGCAGGUCAUGCAAGAGCUCCUUCCAAUCCAAAGGUUGUUGAGGAAGCCGAUUACGAAGGUGAAGGGUAUGUUCCUAAAACAAAGUUAAAGCCUUUCUUCUGGGAUAAGGUUCAAGCUAACGAUCAAGCAAUGGUAUGGAAUCAACUCAAAGCAGGAUCGUUCCAGUUUAAUGAAGAAAUGAUCGAGACACUCUUUGGCUUUAAUUCUGCGAGUACGGAAAAAGGAAAGGGCCAACCAAAAAAAGAGGCUUCCCCAACUCCCCAACUUAUACAAAUCGUUAACGCAAAGAAAGCACAGAAUUUGUCUAUUCUAUUAAAAGCAUUGAAUGUCACCGCAGAUGAAGUUUGUGAUGCACUUCUUGAAGGAAAUGAGCUUCCCACAGAAUUCCUUCAAACCUUGUUGAAGAUGGCACCCACGCAGGACGAAGAACUUAAGCUUAGAGUUUUCAGUGGUAAUCUAGCCCAACUCACCCCUGCAGAUAGGUUCCUUAAAGCCAUAGUUGACAUUCCUUGUUCUUUUAAACGAAUGGAAGCAUUAAUUUACAUGGGUACUCUUCAAGAGGAUCUCACCAGUACACGAGAUUCCUUUGCAAUUUUAGAGGUUGCUUGUAAAAAGCUGAGAAGUAGUCGAUUAUUCCUGAAACUUCUUGAAGCUGUUCUGAAAACUGGGAAUCGUAUGAACGAUGGGACAUUUCGUGGUGGUGCACAAGCAUUCAAACUUGAUACACUGUUGAAACUAUCUGAUGUGAAAGGAGUAGAUGGGAAGACCACACUCUUGCACUUCGUUGUUCAAGAGAUAGUACGCACUGAGGGCAUAAGAGCAGCACGCAUGGCAAAAGAGAAUCACAGUUUCUCCAGCGUAAAAACAGAUGACCUUCUUGAGGACGUCUCGAUUGAAUCAGAUGACCACUAUCGUGAACUUGGUCUUCAAGUGGUUUCAUAUUUAAGCACUGAACUUGAAAGCGUGAAGAAAGCAGCAGCUUUAGAUGCUGAUGGGUUGGUAGGAACAACUUCAAGAGUAGGGCAUGGUCUGAUAAAAACAAGAGACUUUGUAAACAAAGAGUUGAGCAAUACGAAGGGUGAUAAAGGGUUUUGUGAGACAGUGAAGAGCUUCGUAGAGAAAGCUGAGGCUGAUGUCAAAAGUUUGCUAGAAGAGGAGAAGAAAAUCAUGGGUCUGGUGAAGAGCACUGGUGAUUACUUUCAUGGGGAUACAGGGAAGGAUGAAGGGUUGAGAUUAUUUAACAUAGUACGCGAUUUCUUAGUAAUGUUGGAUAAGGUGUGCAAGGAGAUACAACUUGCACCACCAAAGAAGCCAGCACCAAAAAGUGCAAAGCAAGAAACACCUAAUCAUUCUAGAAAACCUUCUUCCUCUGAUAAUCUUCCUCCUGCUCAUGAUUUAAUUCGUCAAAGAAUUUCUCCAGUAAUUGCAAAUAGGAGGACAGAUGAUUUUAGUUCAGAUGAUGACAGUCCUUAAUUAGGUUUAAGUUGGAAGUGCUACUUGUAAAACUCCUCCUUUCUUUGCCCAUGUCCUUGUUGUAUAGCUUUAAUGUUGUAAUAGAGUCACCACUUGCUUACACUUGUCUAAUUUUGAAGGGAAGAUAUUGUCUUGUUAAUCAUUUAAA